AUGAGGGCAUCUCAGAACUCAAAAAGUCGUCGUAAUUUAAUUUGCUUAUUUAUAUGUGGUAGUGAUACUAAUAAAAGUGGGCAAAGCAAUCAUCAAAGCAGUGAUAGGAGUUUUUCAAUUCUUAAUUAAUUGAAUCGAGAAUAAGAUAGCAGAAGCAAUUCUAGGGAAUAUAAGAGAAUACUGCAUCCGAGACAAGAAAGACUCCAUCCACCAAGAGCGUAGCAAAAUGGAAUUCCCCCUAAAAAUGAAUCAUCUAGUCUAAGGAUGUUUUUAGAAGAAUUGAAAAAUGAUGAUUCUAAUCUCUCUAAUAGAUAAAAUUAUUCGAUUCCCCAAAGCUCAAAUAAGAACAAUGCAAAUGCCUAAAACAAUAGGGCAAAGCAUCUGCAGUUAUCCCCAGAGAUGAUGAGCUCAAUGGGGUCUUCAGCUAACAUGGAAAUAUUGAAGGUUCAAGAAGAGUCUUUUUCUAAAAUUCAUUAGGACAUUGCUUCACUGCAGAAUAAGAUUAAGGGUCUAGAAACCAAACUUGGCAGCAAAAAUACCCAGGGCUCAACUAAAAAUAUUAAUAACACAAACAGUAGCUACAGGCAAGAGAUAUUCAAGGAGAGAAACGAUAUUCAUAAUCAUCAGUUUUAGAAAUAAUAGUAGUAAUAGCACUAAAAUACUGAUGAAGAUGAGAGCAGGAUAAAGAGGUAUCACAAUAAUCAGCAUCAAAACCAGAAAUAGCAUCAUAACUCAAAUCAAUCUUCUUCCAAUCAGAAAUAUAUUUCGAGUAACUGCAGGAAUUAAGAAAGAUAAACUACUAAUGAAUCUCUUUAUAGUAUUAAGAAGCAUCUCAAUGUGGAUAAAGAGAACUAAUCAAAUCAGCAGCUUUUGCUUAAAAAUAUGCAUUAAGAAUAGGACUCUCACCAGCCUUAAAUAUUCCAAAAUUAGCAAUUGAAGAGAUAAUACUAGCAACAGCAUCAAGAUAUAGAAAAUCAGAGAGUUCAACUAAAUGAGAGAUUUAGCAAGCAAAGAUAAAUUCACAAAUAGCCAAGUUAAAGAAUUGAUAAUGCAUCCAAUCCUAACGAUUCAGCAGAAAGACCAAAUAGAGCUUUGAAAAUUAAGUAACCACAUCAAAAUUACCAAACUGAAUUGCCUCAUUAAAUAAUUUCUUAACAGCCUAACCUGGAAACAGAGCACGAUUAACUAUCUAAUUACUCACCCUAAGUAAACUCUUCAUAGAAUGAAGAGCCGAUUCAUUUAGAAGAGUAGGAGCACAAUCCUUUGAAUGAUAGUACAAUCUCAGUUAGUGAGCAAAUGAAGUAAAGAAUUAAGUUGAAAAUGAAUAAUUACAAGAAAAACAAAGAGCAUAAACAACGGCCAUCUUCUCGCAAUCAUGCAAACAAUAAGAGCCUAAGUGCUUCUUUGAGGAGAUCUAACACCUAAGAAUUCUCAAAGAGAGAUAAUCAGUAUAGAGUUAAGCGGUAAGUCAGAUUCUCAGAAAAUAAGCACACCUCGAGAUCUUAGGAUAGGAGAAGUUCAUAGCAAAGUCAAGAUUCUUUGCCGAGUGAUCUUCUAGAGCAAAGAAAGUAAAAUGCCUAACUAAAAUAAGAGAUGGAAAAACUCCGUAGAAAAUAUGAGAUCAGGGAAGACUACUACAACAAAUGGAGAGACUUGAAAAUUCAGUUCAAGGAACUACAUGAUGAGUUCAAAGUCAAAGAGGUCAAGAGAAAAGAGCAAAAGGAAGUGAUUGAACAGUAAAAGACUUACAUUGCAAAGUUGAAGAAGAAAUUAAAAUCGCAAAAGGAAAAGCUUAAGAAACUUAAAUCUGAUAGUCCUGACAAGACUGCUGCUGAAGCAUAACAUCACAGAGUUAGCACCAAAAGUGUUAGCAAAACUUACAGAUAGUUCAAGAAUGAUGAAAAUACCAAGCAGGAUUCGAAAGUCAAGUCAACUAAAAAAGUCGUUUAACCAAGUGAUAUUAAUAAUUAGCUAAAAAAGAGCAAUGAAGGUGAAGGAAUGAGUUCUUUUAGAAAAUACUGGGCUAAAGUGGUUGAAUUUUUCAAAUCAAAAGGAUUCCUGAGAUUUGCCUCAGCAAUAGCAGUCGUUGUAGGCAGUUUAUUUUUGAUCUGCUAUUUCAAAUCCCCUACUACAGCUGCUUAAUACUGCAUUUCAAAUAGAUAGUUGAUUGGUGAGAGAAAAUUGAGUGAAGUAUUGCAAGUAAGUUCCACAAAAUACUCAAGCCCAGCAAUGAACGAAUCUCAAAUUGGCUACCUAUUAUUGAUUGGCUUGUACUCCAUUUUUGUCUACAAACUUGUUAUGAACUUGAAAGACAUGCAUGGAUUCAAAGGCAAAUAGAAGAAAGACAUUGGUCAAUAGUAAAAGGAUAGAAGCUUUGAAGAUGUAGGUGGAUGUAUUCAGGCAAAAAAUGCUAUAAAAGAAAUUAUUGACUGUAUUUAAAAGCCUGAGCUUUACAAGAGUGCUGGUGUUAGAAUGCCCAAAGGAGUCUUAUUGUAUGGACCACCAGGCACAGGUAAAACUUUGAUUGCUAAGGCAGCAGCAACAGAAGCAGGUAUCCCAGUUAUUUAUUGCAGUGGAUCAGAAUUUGUUGAGGUGUUUGUUGGUUUAGGAGCAAAGAGAAUAAGAGACAUUUUCACAUAAGCAAGAGCUGCAGCACCUUGCAUGAUAUUCAUAGAUGAAAUUGAUGCAGUGGGAUUUUCUAGAGGAAAUAAUAACUACAUAAUCGGAGGAGGCCACAGAGAAAUGGAGACUACUCUUAACGAGUUACUUAAUUAAAUGGACGGCUUUGAAGAAAAUGACAGAAUUUUGGUAGUUGCUGCUACUAAUUUGGCAUAGACAUUAGAUCCCGCUCUUCAGAGACCUGGCAGAUUCGAUUAGAAAAUUGAGAUAAAGCUACCUACACAAGAGGAGAGAACUGAGAUAUUUAAGAUACAUCUUAGAAAUGUAAUAUUAUUAUUUUAUGACCAAUAUUUCAGAAACAACACUCGCUGUCUGAAAAUGAUUUAAAUCUAGCAUCUCAAAUAGCAGAUGGCUGCAGUGGAGCUGAGAUUGAAAACAUAGUUAACUUAGUAGCUUUACAAUCUGUAAGAAAGGCUCAAAGCAUGA